AUGCCCAUGCAUCAGAGCUUGCAAGCCGUCCUCACUGAGUUGGCUUCGGGCUUGUCGGCAGUGGUCCAGCAGUACCAGAACGCAGAUGAGCAGGGCGCGCGGCAGCAGAAAGCAGCAGCUGAUAAGAUGGUGCAGCUGCUAAUCGAGAGAGAGCUGGCUUACAGGAUGACGGUGAAGCCCGACGACGUCGGGGUUCACCCAGCUAAUCGGUUCGGCGUCGGCGUCGAGUGGCACGAGGUGCACGCGCUGGCAGGCAUCAUCAUUCGGUCUGGUUGGAGCUGGUCCGAGGUGAAGGACCCCGUUGCCAUAGAGCUCGGCAGCGCGCAGCUGGGCUCGGCGCAGAUGCGCUUUAACGAGGAGCUCGCUGCCACGAGCGAGGGGUACUUGGCAACGAUCUCGAACACGCUGAAAAUAUUGAGCAUCGCUUGCAGCCACACCAACCAGGUCCCACGCUGCGUUCUUCAUUGUACGAAGAGCUACGAGACGGAGUUCACCAACGAGGAUGGGUACAUCAGCCAAGACGCUGUGUUCAGGGCGUGCACCAGCAUCAAGGAGGCAAUCGAUAAGGGCCUCACGUGGAUUGUCAUCCGAUCCGAGGUUGCAGAAGCGGUGCCAGGUCUUCCAGCGUUCCUUUCCGAGUCGCACAACAUAGGGCACGGAUCGCAUCGAUUGCAAAGCAAGGUUCAGACAUUGUUGCAGAUCCACACAAAGAUAUCCAGGACCAUGAGGGCGAAAGGCAGCGCGAACAUCCAGUCCGUGAUAAGGGACAUUGAGCACACGCGCCCGUACCUUCGUGGUCAAGUCGAGGCCAUGGCUACGUGCGUGCAGCAGUUCAGCGGUGGCGAGCCGCCCGUGUUCCUGACUGAGCUGAAGGAGUUUGCCAAGACGCUGGGGGACCACACUCGCGACGUCGGGGCGGUGACUUUCAGUAUUCUUGGGAAGGCUCGCUUGUCGCAGGCCCCCGAGUGGGUCACAGCUUGCAUGAAGGCGUCGCUCGGAGCACCUGAGCAGUUCGUCAGGGACGGCGGCGUUCGGCUAAUCACAAGCGCUGACAUACAGGCCGUGGAGUCAGGGAGGCUUCGCACUAUGGCUUUCGACGCAGUGGCCAAGCACCGCACUGCUGUUCAAUACUUGAGGGACGGCUGCAAGGUGACGGACGCCCACUUGUUUGCCAAGCUCAUCGGCGACCUCGACGUGCGGAUGGUCAUGACCACGUACGGCAAGAAAGCUCGCGGGCGCAAGCAGUUCGACGACCUAGACUCUGUGGUGCAGCAAUUCGUUCGCGACGUGGUCGCAGCCUGGCCCUCGGCCGCGGGAGUGGACCCCCCCCGGGCGGUGACCGCGCCCGACGAGCCGAAGAUCAUCACGACCCCCAUGGUGCAGUUCGAUGCGGGAUCGAGCUCGUCAGGCCACGUCGUGAACACCAGCGUCCUGGAGAGCAAGGGUUUCGUGAUCGCGGCGAAGGUCAAGGGCAGGGGCGGCGCGGGCGCGCAGGGCGUGUGGAUCAUCGCGGCGGUCGACGCUGGCAAGGUCAAGCUGUUCAAGGACGACGGCACUCCUGUUCCAAAGUUGUUCAAGGACGACGGCGCGCCCGUUCCCAAGAGGCGCAAGGCAGAUUGCGAGCUCCAGGUUUCGGUCAGCCAGCUCAUUGAUGACUUCGAAGUGGUCUCCGAGGAUGCGUCGACGGUCGUGCAGGUGACGGGCGGAAGCGCCAUCGGGCUCCUGAGCAAGGAGGUGGCGAGCGAGCUGAAGAGGUCUUUCGUCAGGCUGGCCCCCGAGAGCGCAUGCAGGGAGCAAGCCCCCAACGUUGGGCUCACCAUCACGUUCGCGAAGGCGGGCAAGAAAGUCGAAGCCAAUAAGAAGUAUGCGAAAGGUCAACUCGAGCUGAUCCCACUGACCCCAAACAUCGGAUUCGGCGCCAAGGCGCCGCAGAACGGGAUCCUCGUGAACAUGAAGAUGCCAGAGUCCAAGCACGAGAUGUGGCUGCUCCCGAAGACAACCUUGCCUGGUGAGAAAGCACCGCAAUUCAUCGUGCCCGCCUGGUGCGUCCCUUCGGUUUCAGACUCCGCGAAGGUGAACAUGGCAUGGUCCACGGCGAGGGUGAUGGUGCGCACUUUCUGUGCCGAGUCAGAGUCGAAGCGUUUUGACGAUUUUACGUGCGUGCUCCCCUGCCUAGUCAACACGAAGGUGAUUGAGAAAGGCAGCGAGCUUUUUCUGAAAAGCGCAGAGACUGGCGUUGCGCAGAAGCGGUAGAGCGCCGCUUCCUCACCGCAUCACCACGCUGG